AUGAUCGAGCUGGCAGAUAUCAAGGCUACCUGGACCCCUCCUCCCACUGCAUCGGUGACCCCAGGUGGCCGACUGUUGGCUACCAGCGAAGCUGCCACUGAUGAUGAUCGGACUAGUGACGGACGCGCGGGACGUGCCCUGCAACGAUCCAAUGCCGAACGAGACAGAUAUCGCAAUCAAUUGCGCCAAGCGGAGGCGACAAUCGACAGGUUGCAGACCGAGUUGGCGCAAUCGCGCACGCUGGUCAACAAAGCAGCGCCACGGAUGGACGCCCUUCGCUUGGAUGCGUCCAAAGCUCGUGAGGACGCAGAAGCAGCACGACAAGAAGCGGUGGCGUCGUCGAAGAAGGCGCAAGAUGGUGCGACAGCGUUAUCGGAUCUCGCACAGCGGCAUAAGGUGGCUGGGAAGCGACUGGAGGAGUUGGAGAGGAAGAUCACUCGGCUGACUCAGCAUAACACCGUUCUACAGCGUGAGAACGUCGUCUUCAAGAACAGUUUGGAGCAUCGUCAGGCUGAUCUCGCAACAGCUCAGGAUCGCGCAGUGGCUGCAGAACGAGAGCGAGCGGAGGCCUCCCUCGCUCGCGACGACUUGCAGGCGGAGCUGGAUGCGAGUCGACAGUCGCUGCUGAAGGAGCAGGCUUCUUCUGCUGAUCUCCGCAGCAAACUAGCGGAGCGUGAGGAACACCUUGGAGCGUUGCGCAACUUGAUCAAUCUGGUAGCUGCACCGACUCCGCAACCUGAGGUGGAACGAUGCGUGGCGUCGGCCUCUUCCAGUUCGUCUCUUGCCACACUGGCGUCAACGGCCACGAGCCUUGUCUCCUCUGAUCUUCCAGCGCGAACAUCUUCGCAGCAGCUCCCGUCUGGCUCGGCAAAGCGAAGUGGAGAUCUCUCUUCUGAUCCAACGUCACAGUCGAAGCGUGCAAAGCGCGCCGUUGCGACUACCGAGGGAGCGCCAGCUGAGUUGUCUUCCUCUACGGCGAUGGAUACCCCAUUCACACACGCAAUUCCACCUGAGUCCAGCGAAGCUGCGCGCCCUGCCGAUGUCACGUCGUGGCUGUGGGAGGUUGUUGCCGGGGAAACUGGCCACUAUCGGCCCUGGCCACAAGCCUCGGUCGAAGCUUUAUACAAAGCGAGUCCCUGGAAGAUCUUUGUGGAUAACAUGCCCGACCCAGUCUCGUUCGACAUUGGAGACCCCCGCUUCCAACCUCUUCUGGCCAUCAUCCGCGAUGUGCUGACUCGGAACGAUAAUCGUGGCGCGCUUGUGUUCUGGGAGAUCACCCACUCCAUCGAGAUUUCCAUUUCCAAGGCCAGCGCUGAGUCUUGGGAGGUGAAGUUCACUUCGGAUCGUAACAAUCGGAGAUCCCACUUUGUGAAGAUGCUGCUGCCUGUGUUCGAAGAGGUGGCCCGCCUGUGCAAGGCUCAUCCAUUCUUCGUGCCGCUGAUCGCAACGUGCCCGUGGUUCCCUAAGGGAGCUUCUGGUGCCUCUGGAGAUCUGUUACACGUCUUACGAACGACUGACGAGGCGGAGCCGUGGCGCCUGUUCUACUGGAACGCUCGUGCCAAACACCCAUCGAUGAACGAACCCAUCCACACGCGCCUUCGAGGCAAGUUCAAGGCGACCUCGUCAAUCGCCUAG